AUGUGGCAUGCUGAUAAAGAAUUAGUGUAGUUUCUUUGGAAACAUCUCGAGGUGUCAAAGCCAGAUCUUACUCAAGCUGUCAGCUUGGUUGUGGAAAGAGAAAAACAGAAAGCUGAAAUUAAGGACAGAAGCAUUUUAGAGGUUUUGCAAGCCAAAGACAGCAAAAUAGAAUCUUUAGAACCGAGGCUCGCAGGACAGCAGCAGGAGAUAAACAGCUUAAUGCAGAGAAAAAGUGCUGUGGAUGAGGAAAAUGCCCGUUUGAAGAAUGAAUUCGGUAACUUGAACUGGAAAUUUAAAGAUAAAAGCCAAGAACUUAAGGACACUGAGGAGCGUGCACAGAAGAAGGAAGAGCAAAACAGACUGGUUAUAAAAAGCCUGGAGGAGGAAAAUAAGGGAUUAAAUAUAUGCUGUGCCGACCUGCUAAGUGACCUGGAGAAACUGAGGAAGCAGGAGGCACAAUGGAAAAAAGAAAUAUCUGGCAAUGAUACCAGAAUAAAGAAUUUGGAAACCGAUUUAGCAGAGACAAGAGAACAAAUAAAAAGUUUGCGCAGUACAUGCAGUAACUUGUCAUCUCAGGUAGAUGUGAAACAGGAAGAACUUUUCCAAAAGGAUUGUGAUGUGGUUGGAGCAAAGAAGAAGUUAGAGGAGCUGCAGAAUCUUUACAGACAAAACACUGAAGAUAGAACACAGCAGGCUGAGCUGAUAAAGCAGCUAGAGGCUCUCAGUGCUGAUAUACAAAAAGUACUGCAACACCAUGAAUAUGCUCACACAGCUAAAACAACAUAUCAAAAAGUAUGUUAUUCUGCUUUAUGUUUGUUGAUUGAAGAGCUUACUGCUUGCCAGCUGCUCAUCAUUGCUGUCAGAACACCACUGGCAAUAGAGUUUCAUGAGUUUCCCCUCAUCAGUGCAGUCCAAGUUUUCAGUUUGACCCCAACACUUGUGCUCUUUAAGGAUGUUAUGGAUACAAGUUUUAGAUUUACAAUAUUUCAACAGCCUUCUUUAAGUGAGCUAGAGGACUGUAUUAUAGUGCAAGAAUCUGAAAUUGAGCUUUCAGAAAAUUUGAAGUAAGGGGAUCCUAACCUAGCAGAGCAUAAUUUGUACACUGCAGAUACUCUGGGAAGCAACAAUAUAAGGACUGGAAGAAAGCACGAGAAACCACCUGUGAAACAUUCAAGGUCUCUGUCCCCAAAGAGCUCUUUUAGAGAGUCAGAGGAGUCUCAAGAAUCUUAUGAGCUAAGAGCAGCCUGUGGAAAACACGAAGAAAGGCUGCAGAUGUUAUAGACCAACUACAGAGCGCUAAAAGAGCAAUUAAAGCAGUGGGAAGAGGGCAAUAGCAGUUUUGAAAAUACUAAAAGCAGAUACCAACACACAAGCUCCUGUCAGCUUUGUCAAGAGGAUUGUGAUGUGAUGUGGAAUGAACUGGCUUUUUUCAAAAGGGAGAACAAGAAGCUGCUGAUUGAGAAACUGAAUCUUAAGAAAGAAUUGGAUCAGAUGAAAAUAUACCAUUCUGUAAAGCCACUUUUUAAACUUAGUGAAGAUCAUGGGGUCAAGGGUAAUACUCCAAAGAGAUAUAUGAGAGAAGUUUCUCAUGAGAUGCUACAGAACGUACAACAACUGGAAAGAAGAUUCAAAGCUAUUGAAGAGGAAAUAAAGAAACAGAUAAAUAAAGACUUACUGAAUGAGAAAGUGUAUUUGAAAGAAUCUCUAAAAGUGCAAAAGAAAGAUGCAGACACAAGAAAAAGAGAGCUGGAAACGCUACUUAAGAUGAUUUGUGAGGUAAAAAAAGAAAAAGCAGGACUUCAAUUCAUGAUUGAUGAGAAGGAAAAAGAAGCUGCCUCUUUGAAGAGGCAAGUGACAGAAGCUAACAGGUUGAGAAAUGAAAGUGAAGAUUUGCUGAGUCAAGUGCAGGAGCAGAAGUGUUUGCUGGAUAAAGCCAAAGCAGUGGCAAUCUCUGGGUAAUGUAAUUGCAAGAUAACAGGCACCAAGGUUAAAUUAAAAACAGCCAAGAAAAAGAGCUCUUUGGGACAUCAUGGAGCUUUUCUCAAACAGUCCAUCAAGGUUAUGAGUAAUGUGUUUGAGAACUUCAGUAAGGACGGCUGGGAGGAUGUGAGUGAAAGCAGUGACUCUGAAAUAGCAACUUCUGAAAGUUUGGAAACAGGGAUUAGGAAGACAGUGCAGAACACUGAUCCACUGCCAGACAGAAAUAAACAAGAAGAAAAAAAAUAUGUCAUUUUAUGUUCAGUGAGCAGAGCAAAAGGGAGAAAUGUCACUGUCCAGAAACCAGGCUACUCUGUUACUCUAUUGCAGGAAAAAAUUAAACCACUGCAGAAAGUAGGAGCUGUUGUACAGAGGAAAAAAAAGACAAUAGUGACUUCCAUUAAAAAUGUUAAACAAACCGAUGAAAAAUUAAGAAGUCAGCUACAUUUGGCUGAUCAGAGACUUCAAGUUAAUAAACUGAUCAUAGAGAUUUUGACCUCCAACAUGGCCAAGUGGCAACAGGAGAAGGAAGAUCUACAAGGAAAAUUAAAGUUGAGAGAACAUCUGUCUCAAACUGCUGGCAAGAGUGAAGCCGCACCAGCUCCUUCAAAGAACAUUGAUUUAGAGAUGAAACAGCUGCAGUGCAAACUAAAGAAUUCGGACACUGAGAUCGCUAAGCAAUCGACCACCAUUAGGUCGCUGGAAAAACAAGUCCAGGCAAAAGAAGGAUGGAUUCGGGCGCUGCGAGCGGAAAUAUUUGAGUUGGAGAGGGACUUUACUAUGAAAAGACACUUUACAGAAGACUUAAAGUCUUGCCUAAAAGCAAAUCAAGAAAAUGAGAAAACCUCAAAUUAAAUAUUGGAAAGUCUUGAGAGAAAGGUGAAGGCACUGGCUGAUGACAAAAAGGCUUCCAUUGACUCAAUGAAAUAAAGGUUUAAUGUAGCUAUGAAAGAGACGUCUCAGUAUGAGCAGAUGUAUCACAAAGCCAAGGAUGAUUUGAAGAAAAAGGAUCUCAAGAUUACUAAACUGCAGAGAAAAGUGAUUGAGAUUGAAUAUGCUAUGACUAAGCUUGAAUCUGCUGCAUCUCAACAACUACAUGGCUUGACUAAGCAGAGUACACAGGCUUUGGAAACUAUACAGAAGGAGCUGCUGCUCACUAGAGACAAAGUAGAAGAGUUCAAGACAUUUGUGAAGACACUAACCAGAGAGUUACAGCAAAGUGUACAAUAGCUGAGAACAGAAGUUACUGGCAAAAAAAUGGGAGAAAUGAAAGCAUGCAAAAAGUGUCUUUUCCAAGAGAGUAUUCAAUUAGCAUCUAUCCUUAAUGUUUCAACAACUGAUCUUUAUGAAAUACUACCAGAAGGAGAUGAUGACGUAAGAAACAGCAGAAAUGGAAAAAUGGAAUUUGAAAAAAAUAAAAAAUGGCUACAGCGCAUACAGAAACUUCUUGAAGCACAGUUUCCUUUUGCCUCAUACUUAAUGGAUGCUGUACUGGAAAAAUUAAAUGAGAAGAAGAAAGUGGUAGAAGAGUGGAGUUCCCUCAUGAACUGUAGGAUAUUGCUAAGAUUUAUAUUUGCAAAGUGUGACUAAAUUGUGUGCUGUUUCCUCAUGUCUUUCCUCUUCUCAUAAAGAACUGUCAAUAUGCAUGUUCAAUACAUGCACAGAAACCAUGAACUAAUUAAUUGUUGAACAAGAGGAAUUAAUUAAAUUCCUAUUAGAAAGCAGCCUGGUAUUUGAUUCCUGAAGAGAAAAAUUGCUGCAAAUCAAUGCAAAGCUCAAAAUUAUUUUCCUUUAAAUGCAUUGGCAGUGAACACAUGUACAGGCUCUGUAGAGAGAGGAUGUCUUUGUUAUGACUAAUACACAUCUGUACAAUUUUGAAAGAACAAAAAGCAGCCAAGUAACACCUGAUUGUACUAAUCAGAACAGUAGAAGUAGGAUUUACAAAGGAAAUAAUUCAUUUUAGCUUCUCUGUAAAGCCCAACUUUAUGAUAUAUGCUACAUAAAACUAUAUGCUUUUAUGUUAGAAAAAAUGAAUUAUUAGAGAAUAAAAAUAUUCUGUGAGGAGUAAUACAGGAAAAACUGUACUUACCUCUGAGCAUACUGGAGCAAAAUGUGUGCAAUGCAUUUUAAAAAUUCAACAAAAUAAAGUUUUUUCUAUUACGGUUUUUUUCACUAGUAGAUCCAGUUCUUUCUCAGCUAGCAAGUAGGUGCAAGUUCUUACUUGCCUUGGGGAAGUAGUGUACAGUUUUAACCAGUUAUUUCCACCAAGAUUUCUAUGGCACUACUGAUGAAUAAUUGCUGCUGCUUCAGAUUUUUGAUCUUAGUGUUUGAAUUCCUCUGGACGAACCUACC